AUGACCAGGCUCUUGCCGCUCACGGUCGCUUUGCUUUUCGCCGGUGCUGGCCAGGCUGCUCCGGCUCCUCAAGUCGCAUCCACACUCUUUGCUGAUCCUUCUACGACACCAUCCGCCUCACUAUCUAGGUCCCUUGGACCGUCAGGGCCCAGUCCGACCUCCUCGUUCACCUGCUAUCCGUUCCAGGAUCCUGACGCGGGGCCAGCGCCCCCAGGAUGCAUGUGUGACGGACUCGAUGGCAUAUUCCCUUACCUCAGCUCUUCCACCGGUCAAAGCAGUUUCAACCCUUGUGGUUUCACGACGAUGCCGACGGCAGUCUUCGCAACUGCAACGCCGUUCAUAACCACCGAAUCCAACGGAGAUGUCGUCUUUUGCGCUUCCUCUACGUACUACAAUUACGCGGUCAAUACGAAUCCAGUAUGCGCGGGUGCAACAUCAGUCGUUUUCAUUGUCCCUUCUAUCGCCUCGUUAUACUCCAAAUCUACUGCCUCGUUUGCAUCUGUUGCAUCCGUCUCAGCCGCAUCCGUAUCAUCCGCAAGUUCAUCAGCGUCUUACGUCUCCGCCGCGGCCGUCCCCAGUGCCAGCUGUCGGGAUCUUGGUGACGACCUGUUCGGAGAGACUCUCUUUGAAGUCUAUGGGAUCAACGGAUGGGCCGGCAGCGAUGGCGGAAGGCUCCUUGAUGAAGAAUGGGGAUGCGGUUUCGUAUCCGUCUUCGAUUUCCACACAGACACACAGGAUGAGUUUGAAGGCCAUCUGAGGGAUACCCAGUACGCGCUUUUCUUCCUGAGCCUCUUCAAAGCCGGCUGCGUCGAACGUGCCGUGCACUCGGCAGGGGGACCGUCGCCGGGUACGGGACCUGGCAAAGUCCAGUGUUAUCAUACGCCGGAGCGCCGUGACAAACUAUCGGACGCAUUCAGUGGCAUCAAUACCGCGCGACUCGAAGCAGUCAAGAACGUGGUCGAUGGUAAGUCAGCGAACAACUCGCUGCCAACGAGCAACGAAGAGAAGGCGGUACUCGACACAAGCUCGUCUUCUCCAGCAGCGGCCGGGGACGCUCAGACUAGUCCAAAAUAA